AAGCAAGAUAAGGAGAAGGAAGAUAAGGAAGAUCGGUGAAUUCCUGACGGAGGACUCGUACCGGUGACAAAUGAAGAUUCUGAUGGUGUUUGAUUUUGACCACACCGUGGUCGAUGCCAACAGUGACACUUGGGUGGUCAGGUGCCUUCCUGAUAAGACACUUCCUGGCUCUGUGGAGAAUUCGUACAGAAAAGGCUACUGGACUGAGUACAUGGGCAGGGUGCUGAACUACAUAGGGGAGCAGAAGGUGAGCCCAGACAGGGUUCGCAGUGUGAUGGAGACCAUCCCCUUCACAGCUGGAAUGACUGAGUUGCUGACGUUUAUAGCAGAGAAUAAAAAUGCCAUUGACUGCAUAGUCAUCUCUGAUUCCAACACCUUGUUUAUAGAAUGGAUUCUCCAUGCUGCAGGACUCCAGGCAGCUGUUGACAAGGUUUUUACCAACCCAGCUAAGCUCAAUGAGUUGGGCCACGUUGAGGUGCAGUGCUAUCAUUCUCACGCCUGUGAUCAAUGCCCUGUCAACCUCUGCAAGAAAAAAGUCCUGGAGCUUUACCUUUCUGAGCAAUCUGAUGCCGGCGUGGAGUAUGAGCAAAUCUUUUAUGCAGGGGAUGGGGGGAAUGAUCUCUGCCCUACUUCCUGUCUGAGAGGCCGUGAUGUUGUGAUGCCAAGAAAGGGAUACACUCUGGAGAAGCUGCUAGCCAAACUGGAAGGUCAGGAGGGCAACUUUUCUGUAAGAGCUAAAAACAUUGCCUGGAGCAGUGGCACUGACAUUCUCCGGGAGCUGAAAGCAAGCAUGCAGUCGUAGCCGUGGCACAUGAAAUAUUACAAAUUUUGAGCCUGCACUGCAGGAUGCAUUGUGCUGCCUGUAUUCUUUUUUUUUCAUAUUAUAAUUCAACAUUUUAGAAGAUUUUAUGAAAUUUUUAACUUAUUUAAAACGACAUAAUUUGCACAUGUAAACUUGUCUUUUAAAAAGGUUAAUUUGUCUGCAGGGAAAUUUACCUUUAUCUUUUAUCUUCAUGAUCUUUACAAUUUUUCUAAUUUUCCGUGGUGAUCGAAAAUCGAGGCGCCUGAAACCACUAACAAUACAUAGGCAGUGUGUCACAACAGCAGCUUUUACAUGUGCAGUGUAUGUUAAAUACUACGUAAGAAUUCAGUUAAGAUUAUAUUUAGUAUAGUAUUCAAGAUCUCAGUUGUUGGGGCUGAUCCAAGAAGCAGAGAUGAACCAGCAAGUUAACUUGAUCUGAUAAAGUAGAAGUCAGGGAAAUUUCUGAGCAGAUUUGAGACAUGGAUUAAUUUUAGUCCCAGACUACAAGAAAAAUUGAAAGAUGUCUCCAUUGAAAUGUUUCUGGACUAGGGUUUCUAGAAAGGUUCAUGUUAAAGGCAUUUUGUUAAACUGAAAACCUUAAAUCAGUGUACUUCAUGCAGUCUGCACUAUAUCUGGCCACGGUACUGUGCAAAAAUAUUGAGCCACCCCUUAUUUCUUUAUAUUUUGGUGGAAAGAUAGAAAAUUGGUACACCAGUUUAUUGAAACAUGUGGAAACAUGCAUUGAAAUUAAGUAUAUAUAUAACAAAAACAGCAUUUUUCUACAGUUAUAAACAUAAAAAGUCAAUAUUUGAUAUGAACUUUACUUUUCAAAAUUUUAAAGUUAUUAAUUUAUUUAAUUUUUUAUUUUCCCCAAACCACGAAAGAGCCUCCCGUUUUACACACUGACUGAUGUGGAUUUCUUCUAAAAACACUUUGGAAAAUCAGCUCACUGGUACUAUAAUGCAAAUUCAUGCCUGCCAAACUGUCAUCUUUGGUGUUUUUUACUACAGAAGUGGGGACAUCGUUGUGUUUUUGUGACAGGCUGCUAAUAAACACGUGCUAAGAAUGGGCCAAAAGAUAAAAAAAAUUAAUUCGUUCUUUGUUUUGUGGGUCUCAACACACACUAGCUCAAUUUCCCAACCUUGGAUUAAGCCUGGUGAUUAAACUCUUUACUCAGUGAAAACCUUCACUGAUUUUCUUUUCUUUCUUUUUAAAAUUUUAUUCAUUUUGUGAGCACCAGACUCGGUCUGUGUUUGGGAAACUGGCUGACUGGAUAUAUGUUAAUAUUUCCAAACCAAUGAACAAACAAUGGGUUCUGGAUAUUGCAUUUAAUUAAAUUUGCUUUAUAGUUUACAAAUGUUAGUUGUCUUUUCACAUUAUGACUCAAAGCUUCUAAAGCACUCCUACUAACUUGAGUAAUUUUUCUUUAUGAAUCUGAGAAAAACACUAUACCAGUUCUUCCCCGCUAUAUUCUGUGUAAGACAUUUUGAUUUCUGAAAAGAAAAGCACUGAUGUUACUGAUGGCAUUAUGAUGUGUUAUAUUUAAAUGCUCCAGACAGUGUUACAGCAUGCACCAUACCAGGAACUUGAAACUGCCAAAUGGCAUGAAGUUGUCUGUCUUAGUGUAAACUGACUAAAAAUACGUCUGUAAAAGGCGCAUUACAAUGUAACUAAUACAUACUUUAAAUAAGGUGCUUUUGUCAACAUUUUGAAUGUAACAUUUUUACAUGAACUUACCUCAGCUGAUAUCUGGUUAAGAAAGAUUGAAUACGUUCCAGCAGUUUUUCUACAGUUGCAAUUCUUUGUUUGGGGUGUUAGAAAAUGCAGAUGGACUCAUUAUUAUAACUGGUCCUAAAUGAUUGUACUUGUUUAAUGUUAUUUCGCAUUUAAUAGAGCUGUGCUGCUCUACAGUUCUGAAUCUUUGUGUUCUCCAGUAUUGUCAGCUGUGUUUUACAGAUCAGGUCUGUUUGAUUUUUGAAAGCACGUUUGGAUUAAUGUGAGUAGUACAUUAAUAAUAUGUCUAUUGGAGUGCAUAAACCACCACUACCCUAUAAGCUACAUGAACAAUAUUCCAUGUUUGUUUUUACCACGUUAACUCUGAAGUAUCAAACAGCCUCAUUUAGGAUUUUGCUCAGGUUUCUUGUAGCCAGUAUGUAUUAUCUGAAUAGACUAUUCAGUUCUUUAUGUACAACUUCAACAGCCGUGCUCAUGGAGACAUAUACAUGUAUAUAUGCAUUGAUUGACUUUCUGUUGCCACUGUCACAAGCCAGUUUGAUAAAAUAAUAUUGUGUGUUGUUAAUGUGUAAUUCCAAUGAUUAAAUCAAAUUAAUUAC